GUAAUUUAUGCUAUAUAUAAUACCUGAAUACCUAAAUGGAGCCUCUAGGUACAAGGAAGAUAAUACAUGAGGGUACGGAUACAGAAGGUGAGAUAUGGUGGUACCAGAAUGACAGUCCUUAGCCCUUUAAUACAUGGAUGAGGAGGCUGAGGAAUACUCUGUGGGGAAGAAUACUAGUGACAUCUGAAAGAUGUAUCCCGUAGAGAGCGAUAGGUCGCUUGAUCCAAUAAGUCAAAAGCUAGCACAGAGAAGAGAAAAUGAAGAGCAAAUUCAGAAAGAAUCAACCGAGAUUGACACUCAAAGUUGUGUUAAUCUCCAUUUCAACAUCAAGAAACUCAAACUAGAACUUGAUUCAAAUUUGGAUCUUUACUUCUUUCUUAAUACUCUCAAAGAUUGAAAAAUACUAAAACAACUCUCCCGUUUUAUGAUGCCUUCAGAAUUAAAACUUUCGUUCUUUCAUCAACCUUUGGCAGGUAGCCAUAUGGAAGAGUUUCUAUCCAAAUCCAUUCCAGUCGCAAUUGAAAAAAUCAAGAUUUUCAGGAAUAAAUUUGAUAAAUCUCCGUCUUACUUCAAUUUGGUUCUUCGUGCUAAUAUGCAUACAACAGCAAACGUGUACUUGAAUAAUUUUAAAAACCUGAACAUGAAGCAACUCAAGAGGCUGUUCUCAGCCAAUAAGCAUACAAAAUCUCUUGCCAUGAUCGAUUGCACAUUUCGCCUUCUAGCUUGCCCAGACUUUUCAGAUUGAUUCAGAGGCACAACUCUGUCCUUACUUAGCCUAUUUUAUGUGGGGGUAGUAAACAGAGAUGAGGCAGAUGAACACUUACAUGAGCUGGAUGGACUGAUUUCAGGCUUAUCAAAAUCCCCAGAUCUUCAUAAAAGCAUCAAGAAAAUUGAAAUUAUCACCUUCAAAACCUCCCAGCAACAAGACGAUCAAGUUCUAGCGAAGUAUGGGUUUCCUUGUGACUAAUAAGUUUCAAUACUCUUGUCUUACGGUUCUCCAAUUUCUUCCAUC